UUACUGUUUUCUUUCUCCCCCCCUCCCCCCAGCUAUGCUGUGUUCAGGAGGAUAGAGCCUUUCUACAAAGGAGGACGGAUUCAGAUGAACCAAGAUGGGGACUACAUGUUUUGUGGUUGCGGCAACAAGGUCAACAUUGUCGACAUGGCAACGGGAGAUGUCGUUCGCCAUAUCGGGCAGGACGAUGAAGCGGACCUUACAACAUUUGCUCUCAGCCACGACGAUGAAAUCCUUGUGACAGCCAGUCAUUCGCUGCUGCUGAAGCAGUGGGAUUGGUUGGCAAACAAGUGCAGCCGGACGUGGAAGGCGGUGCACACGGCCCCCGUGGCCAGCAUGGCGUUCGACUCAACGUCCACGUUGUUAGCCACAGGCGGCUGUGACAGCACGAUCAAGGUCUGGGACAUCCCCAAGCAGUAUUGCACACACAACUUGAAGGGCUCCUCGGGAGUUGUCCACCUCGUGGAGUUCCAUCCGGACAUCUCUCAGCUGCAGCUUUUCUCCUCCUCCAUGGACAACAUCAUCCGAGUUUGGGACCUCACGUCCAGCCAGUGCGUAGCUCUCCUGGAAAACCAUUACAGCUCCGUCACCUCUCUGGCCUUCUCCCCGGAUAACAAGACACUGAUCAGCUCCGGCCGGGAUAAGAUCUGCACCGUGUGGGACCUCGAGAAGAAAGAAGCGAAAGGCACCAUCCCCGUUUACGAGAGCGUCGAAGCCGUGGCCCUGUUACCCGAGGAAGGGGAUUUCUCGCCUGUGGGCGUAAAGAAAUCGGGCAUCCACUUUAUCACCGCGGGCAGCAAAGGUAUCCUCCGGGUGUGGGAUGCGUCCUCAGCCACCUGCGUGCACACCCAAUCCCUGCCCAGCCUUCCCGCGGCCACCGAAGAAGAGGCGGCUGGAGAACGCAGCCUGGUCCAUUGUGCGCUGGUGCCUGUGAAGAGUGAGGUCCUCGCCGUGAACGCCGAGCACAGCAUCUGCCUCUAUGAUGCCCAGACGCUGGACCUCAAGAAGCAGUUUUCGGGUUACAACGGAGAGGUCUUGGACGUCCGGUUCCUGGGUCCCAAGGACUCCCACCUGGUGGUGGCCACCAACAGCCCCCAGCUGAAAGUGUUUGAGCUCUCUUCCUCCCACUGCCAGGUCCUGUGUGGGCAUACAGACACGGUUCUCGGCUUGGACGUCUUCCGGAAAGGGAGGCUGUUCGCCAGCUGCGCAAAGGAUAAAACCUUCCGCAUCUGGCUGAUGAACGACGAAGGCGAGGUUAACUGCAUCGCCCAAGGGGUGGGCCAUGCGCACGGCGUGGGCGCGCUGUCUUGUUCCAGAAUGAAGGAGAACUUUGUGGUCACGGCCAGCCAAGACCACACGAUCAAAGUGUGGGAACUCCCCGAGUCGCUCCCUCCCAAGGAAAAAACACCCAGCGUCGAAACCCUUCAGGCCACUCUGACCGUGAAGGCGCACGACAAGGAUAUCAACAGCGUUGCAGUUUCUCCGAACGACAAACUCGUGGCGACGGGGUCGCAGGACAAGACCGCCAAGCUGUGGGCCUGCUCGGAUUGUUCCCUGCUGGGGGUCUUCUCGGGGCACAAGCGAGGCAUCUGGUGCGUGCAGUUCUCGCCGGUGGACCAGGUUUUAGGCACCUCCUCGGCCGACGGCACGGUGAAGAUCUGGGAUCUCCAUGAUUUCAGCUGCCUGAAGACGUUUGAAGGCCACGACGCCUCUGUGUUGAAGCUCAUCUUUGUGAGCCGAGGGGGGCAGGUGCUCAGCAGCGCUUCCGAUGGCCUUCUCAAACUCUGGACCAUUAAGAGCAACGAGUGUGUGAAGACCUUGGACGCCCAUGACGACAAAGUGUGGGGCCUUCACGCCAACAAGAAGGAUGACGCCGUGGUGACCGGCUCCAGCGACUCCCGGGUUUUGGUGUGGAAGGACGUCACCCUGGAGGAGCUGCAAGAGGAGCAAGCCAAGCAGGAGGAGCAGAUCCUGAAAGAGCAGGAGCUGUCAAACCUGCUGCAUGAGAAGCAAUACCUGAAAGCGCUGGGCUUCGCCAUCUCCUUGGACCGUCCCCACACUGUCCUGACGGUUGUCAAGGCCAUUCUUAAGGAGGACCGUGGAAGAGAGGACUUGGUGAGGAACAUCGCGAAGCUUCGGAAAGACCAGAAAGAGGCUCUGCUGAAGUUCUCCGUCACCUGGAACACCAAUUCGCGGAACUGCCACGAGGCUCAGGCGGUCCUGGAGACCCUCCUCCAGCACGAGCCGCCGGAGUCCCUGCUGCAGUUCGAGGGGAUCAAAACCGCGGUGGAGUCUCUUCUGCCCUACACCGAGCGUCACUUCCAGCGGCUUGGAAAGUUACUCCAAGCCUCUAUGUUCCUCGAUUUCAUGUGGCAAAACAUGAGACUGGCCGGGACGUCUGGAGCAGACGAGGAAGGGGAGACGUGACCCGAGUUGAAGAGCCCAGGAGCUUUCCCUGCCCCCAACUAUCCUGCCAACCUCAAGCCCAGACUGGCCCUCU